GAAAUCUUGUAUAUGGAUAAGUGAUGUUGAAGCUGGAAAAAAGCUGCUGUAACCAAAGACAGGAUGAGUCGGCUGUUAGACGAUCAAGAAAAUGCCCAUGGCAGCAGUCUGAGCUCUCAUCCUUCUUUACGGGAUGUUCAUUCCAUCAACCCAGCACAGCUAAUGGCAAGAAUUGAGUCUUAUGAAAGCAGAGAGAAAAAAGGCAUAUCUGAUGUCCGAAGGACUUUCUGUUUGUUUGUCACCUUUGACCUCUUGUUUAUAACCUUGCUGUGGAUAAUAGAGUUAAAUGUAAAUGGGGGCAUUGAGAAAACAUUAGAAAAAGAAGUCCUCCAGUAUGACUACCAUUCUUCGUACUUUGAUAUCUUCCUCCUGGCAGUCUUUCGGUUUAUGAUUUUGAUACUUGCAUAUGCAUUGUGUAGACUUCAACACUGGUGGGCAAUAGCUUUUACAACAGCAGUAACCAGUGCCUUUUUAUUAGCAAAAGUAAUUCUGUCCAAGCUAUUAACUCAAGGGGCUUUUGGCUAUGUGUUGCCCAUCAUAUCUUUCAUUCUUGCCUGGAUUGAAACCUGGUUCCUAGACUUCAAAGUUUUACCACAAGAAGCAGAAGAAGGAAACAGACUACUGUUGGUGCAGGAUGCCUCUGAACGAGCUGCUCUUAUUCACUCAGGACUCCCCUCUGAUGGGCAGUUCUAUUCCCCACCUGAAUCUGAAGCAGGAUCUGAUGAAGAAUCUGAAGAAAAACAGGACAGUGAAAAACCUGUUGUAUAGCAAAUAUAACAAAAAAUGAUAGAGUGAAAACCAGACUGUGGAAUUACUCAGAAUUUGCUACUCUUGGAACUGUAAUGAUGAUGAUGACUAUGUUUCACUUAUUAUUGGAACUCAUAGCAGAAACAUUUAUUUAUUUAUUUAUCAAGGGAAACUCUCCCUGGGCUCUGUUAAUACCUCACCAUUCUGUAUCUCAUAUGAGAGAAUGACUGAAUCAUGCCUAAUAGGAAAAAAGUGCUUGUGUGUAAUGUAUCAAUGAUGCUUGAUGAUGCUCAUUUUCUAAUGACCAGGAAGCCACUGGAAAGUGGCGUACUUGUGAAUCUAACCUAUAGAUGUAAUAGUGUAUGAAGUAAUACUUUACGAUGAAAGUCUUGUCUAAUGAAGAAUUGGAUUCAUAAAAUUG